GUCUCCUGGUUGCGAGCGGAGCGGGAGGGCUCUCCUCACAGCGGUGCUUCCUCGCGCGGAGGUCGGAGCUGCGGCACCGCAGGCCUGGGCCGCCGCUCGUUUGCCACCCGGCUCUCGUCUUCGGGGCUCUGGGUCCGCUCGCUCUCUGCCGCUGCCCAGGAAUUUAACAAGAAACCGAAGUUUUGGUCCAAGUAUAUUUUGAGUUGAAGCCAGAAAUGUACUGGGUCUUAGAUUCUUCCAUUUGAUUAAGCUGAUGUUUUUGUAGAAACUACUGGAUACAAAGGAAACAUGAUUUCCUGUUAAAAAUCAAAUCUGCUUGCCCGAACUGCCCCACUGCAUGGCCAGCUAUGUAGGUAUGGUCUGAAUAUGCGUUGCUUGGCAGCUCGGGUCAACUAUAAGACUUUGAUUGUCAUCUGUGCACUCUUCACUUUGGUCACAGUACUUUUGUGGAAUAAGUGCUCCAGCGACAGAGCCAUCCAGUUUCCGCGCCAUUUGAACAGCGGCUUCAGAGUGGACGGACUGGAAAAAAGAGCAGCAGCCUCCGAGAGUAACCACUACUUGAACCAUGGGGCCAGACAGCAUUCGGAGGAGGCCUUUCCCCAGGAGCAGCAGAAAGCGCCCCCUGUUGUGGGGGGUUUCAACAGCAAUGGGGGAAGCAAGGCAAUAGGGCUCAAGUAUGAGGAAAUUGACUGUCUCAUAAAUGAUGAACACACAAUUAAAGGGAGACGAGAGGGGAGCGAAGUCUUCCUUCCAUUCACGUGGGUCGAGAAAUACUUCGACGUUUAUGGAAAGGUGGUUCAGUAUGAUGGCUACGAGCGCUUUGAGUUCUCGCACAGCUAUUCCAAAGUCUACACACAGAGGGCCCCUUACCACCCCGAUGGGGUGUUUAUGUCCUUUGAAGGCUAUAACGUGGAGGUUCGAGAUAGAGUCAAGUGCAUAAGUGGAGUUGAAGGUGUGCCAUUAUCUACACAGUGGGGGCCUCAAGGCUAUUUCUACCCAAUCCAGAUUGCACAGUAUGGCUUAAGUCAUUACAGCAAAAACCUGACUGAGAAGUCCCCGCACAUUGAAGUGUAUGAAACUGCAGAAGACAGAGACAAAAACAGCAAAACUAAUGACUGGACCGUGCCCAAGGGCUGCUUUAUGGCCAGCGUGGCUGAUAAGUCAAGAUUCACCAAUGUUAAGCAGUUCAUUGCCCCAGAAACCAGUGAAGGCGUGUCCUUGCAACUGGGAAACACGAAAGAUUUUAUUAUCUCAUUUGACCUCAAAUUCUUGACAAAUGGGAGUGUGUCGGUGGUUCUCGAGACCACAGAAAAGAAUCAGCUCUUUACUGUACAUUAUGUCUCCAACACGCAGCUGAUCGCUUUUAAAGAAAGAGACGUGUACUAUGGGAUUGGGCCCAGAACUUCAUGGAGCACGGUGACCAGGGACCUGGUCACUGACCUCAGGAAAGGCGUGGGUCUUUCCAACACAAAAGCCGUCAAGCCAACCAAAAUAAUGCCCAAAAAGGUGGUUCGGCUGAUCGCGAAGGGGAAGGGAUUCCUAGACAACAUCACCAUCUCUACCACAGCCCACAUGGCCGCGUUCUUCGCUGCUAGCGACUGGCUGGUCAGGAACCAGGAUGAGAAGGGGGGCUGGCCUAUCAUGGUGACCCGCAAGUUAGGGGAGGGCUUUAAGGCCUUAGAGCCAGGCUGGUACUCUGCCAUGGCCCAGGGGCAAGCCAUGUCCACACUGGUCAGGGCGUAUCUGUUAACAAAAGACCACACAUUCCUCAACUCAGCUUUAAGGGCAAUCGCCCCUUACAAGUUUCUGUCCGAGCAACAUGGAGUCAAAGCUGUGUUUAUGAAUAAACAUGACUGGUACGAAGAGUACCCAACCAGCCCCAGCUCCUUUGUUUUAAAUGGCUUUAUGUAUUCCUUAAUUGGGCUGUAUGACUUAAAAGAAACUGCAGGGGAAAAGCUUGGCAAAGAAGCGAACUCCUUGUAUGAGCGUGGCAUGGAGUCCCUCAAAGCCAUGCUGCCUUUGUAUGACACUGGCUCAGGAACCAUCUAUGACCUCCGACACUUCAUGCUGGGCAUCGCACCCAACCUGGCCCGCUGGGACUACCACACCACACACAUCAACCAGCUGCAGCUGCUCAGCACCAUCGACGAGUCCCCCAUCUUCAGAGAAUUUGUCAAGAGGUGGAAGAGCUACCUGAAGGGCGGUAGGGCAAAGCACAAUUAGAGCUCACAACCAAAACCGCGCUCAGCCCCUGGGACCAGAGACCGCGGGCUCUGGCUCCGUGCGGAGCACAGGCACAUUUUAAAAGGUCACAUAUGAAGUUUUGUGGAUGACAGCAAAGUGCUAAGUGAUCCUUAAAAACACUCUCCAAAAUAAUUGCAUUCCAUGGCUGGGUGUUUAGGAGUGUAGGUGGUGUUCAGAACUGAGAGUGUAGUCUAGGGGCUGACACAGACGUGUCUUCACCUUCUCUUCGCUGUCCCACAGGCCAUCCUGUCACUGUGAGAUCAGAUGGGGAGAGGCCACGAAGUGUCUCUCCCUGGCUGCUGUCUCGCAUGUAGUAUGGAGCUCUUUUAAAAUGUGACUAUUAUAUUUAUAUUGAAAGCAGACUUUAAAACAAUGAUGCUGUAAUGCAGUAAUUGUGUAUUUGUAGCCUGGGUAGAGGUCUGUGUACAACUAUUGAAAAACAUGUCUCUUUCCUGUAGACUUGCUUCUUGGGAGCGAAUGAGCAUUUGUUGCAUUUGUUCAAUUUGUUAUAUGCAGAGAAUAUUUUGAAUUAUGGGUUUUUUUCUUGAAAUGUGUAAAUUAAAAAUGAUGUUCAGGCUUCACAGUUCUAUAACGUAAGCACAAUUUAAAAUGAAACUUACUGACUGCACAAGAAGUUACAAAAAUGUUAUUUGUGAAACUUGACCUACAAUCAGUAAAAGUUUGAUAAUCAAGCUGUUCCUCGCUUGAUGGUGGUUUUUCACUAUUGAGAAUUUUGUAUUUAAUUUCAGACUAUGCUGAGUUUUAUCCACUUUGGGGGGGCAUUUGGGGCCAUUAUGUGGCAUAUGUAUUACCAUCCUGAACUUGGGAAGGAGCUAGUUAUUUUAAGCCUACCCUUAUGGGACUUUCUCCCUUUAAGGAAAAAUAUUGGGUUAAAUAUCACGUGGGAGUCACAGUUUUUUCCUGUCUAGAUUAUUCUUGACUGUCACUUUCCAAAUCGUUAAUUCUGUCGUUUUUUUCUUUGAAAUUAAAUUUUAAUUUAUUCCAGCUAUUAAAUAAAAGUGAUGCUACUUAAUUUGCUGCCCAUUGAUAAUCAGAUCUCUGUUCGGGCUGUGGCUCCUGCUGACCCUCCCUAAGCAGGUUUCAUAGCCCGUAGGCUAGGGCCAUGUCCAUUGGACCUCAGACAUGAAGUUCAAACCAGCAACCAGAGUUGAAUUUGCUAUGAUUUUUGUUCUAGGGUAUACUAGAAUCGAUACCUGAAUCGAUACUGUCACAUACAGUUUGGAAAUACGAGACCCCACAUUUUCAAGGGACAGAGACAUGGGGCAGUAUGUCUGACCUUUGAUGUACCUGUAAGGGCCAGGUGGGUUACGUGCUCCAUACUGUAUGGUGAUCGGAUUCAGCCCACCAGACACUACUUAGAAACUGGAAAGUACACACAUAUUUAUGUGUGUGGUAUGUAUGCUAAACACACUUAUUAGCAUCCAGAGAGGCAGGAGUGAAGAAGAGAUGGCCCCACACUGAAGACAAUACUAAGCUGGCCCUACGUAGAAAAGUAAGCUUGAACUCCUAGUUUAUGUGACAGCUCUUCAUUUUGCCCGUAACACGAACAGUUGUGAGUUGUGGGGUCCCCAGCCUUUGAGCUUUGAGUCCUUGCACAUUAGCUGCUCAGCAGCAUUUGAAUGUCCACAUAUUACUGUCUCCACAAUAAAAAUGAGGACUCUUCCACUUUUAUUUUCAAUGCCAAUGUUAGACACUGCCUGGUCCGGACCUUUUAGACUCCAUGUAUGUCACCACUUAGAGCGGUGCGGACUUCUGCUCUGCAUCCUUCUGCUGGGCUUCCGAUGAGAGGAGUCAGCAGGGACGGUGGUCCUGCUCCCAGGACAGAGUCCAGUGCCUUACCAGUGUGGUUGUCCUUCGCCACCAACAUGGAGAGGCUUUGACCCAGCAGUGGCCCUGCCGUUUCCUUGUUGGCUUUACACUGCCUCCCACAUCGCAGCAGCGGCUCAGUUUGUCUUUUAAUCCCAGAAUUUUUGGAGGAGAUGAGGUCAACCCAUAGCAGCAUUGUCUGUACAGACCAGGGCUGGUCAAACUGCAGAACACCUUAGUGUUGGCCUGGAAUUCAUCGGAUGCAGCUCCAAGGCCCUCAGUGUGUCUGCCCAUUUCCUCUCCAGUUAUGCUGGGGUUACCUGCGCACAGCGAGCAGGAGACCCUGCAUUGAGCCAGCAUGUGGGUGACUCCAACGUGGGUGGGCUGAACCCUGCCUGCGACCGAGUACCAUACGAUAGCCUCUAGACAGCAUCGACAGCAUUUGUAGAGUUCCAGUUCCUGUCAAAAGCUUGCUGAUGCUGAGCUUAAAGAAUAGGGAGGGUAUUUAAAGUUCCAUGUUUCUUUAAGAUUAUAGGUAUUUGGCUUUUUGGUCUGUUUGGAAUUUUUUGUUGUCAUUUUUCCCUGCUUAAGUUAGCUUUAAUGUUCAAUCUGUGGCCACUUCAGUUGUAAAACCAGCCAAAAGUUUCCAAGUGAAGGUCACAUCUACACUCUAUGAAAUAAACUAUACAUAGAGGCUUCGUAGAGAGCCACCCAGCGGAUGGGAGCGACUUCAGCACUGACCCCAGCAAAGCGCUCUGGAAGCGGCCGUCCCUCCCUCCCAUUAUGUAUGCAAACCUUCACUAAAAGCUGCUAUUUCCACCUCUGUUAGUCAUUUGUCUUGUUACUCCUCCGUGCUACAUGUGUGUUCUAUACCAUGUGUUAAAUAUGCAAUAAAGUGUUUACCGGAUGCCCUUCCGAAGGGUGGUCCUCUGUAAGGCUGUGCAGACGCUGCCGUUUAAGCACAAGGUGCACAUGUUAGUUUUCUAUACAGCAGAACUUGAUUUUUUUGCAGAUGGAAAGGUAUUUUGUUUCUAUACAAAGUAAAUGGAUUGUCUGUGCUUCACGUAAAGCUGCUUUAUAAAAUUGUACAAUAAAGUUUUUAUCUUAAAAGGAA